UUUGAUCCCUCAAAACCAUCGCAGAUCGUGAAUGAACUCUUACUUCUCCGGGACACAAAUGUCAAUGCAUUGACAAGAGAUCGCAAAACUGCCCUCGAUAUAGCUGAAGGACUCCCUCUGUCAGAAGAAACUGUAGAAAUGAAGGAGUGCUUGACUCGUUAUGGUGCUGUCACAGCCAAUGAACUGAAUCAGCCUCGGGACGAGCUUCGGAAAACUGUUUCGGAAAUCAAGAAAGAUGUCCAUUCACAGCUCGAACAAGUGCGUAAAACUAACAAAAAUGUGAACGGCAUAGCAAAAGAGCUCCGGAAGCUCCACCGAGAAGGAAUCAAUAAUGCUACUAAUUCAGUGACCGUGGUGGCUGUCCUCUUCGCAACAGUCGCCUUUGCAGCUAUUUUCACGGUUCCAGGAGGUGACGAUGACAACGGAAUGGCAGUGAUGGUACACAGUCCAUCUUUCAAGGUAUUCUUCAUUUCAAAUGCCGUUGCACUCUUCACUUCCUUGGCUGUUGUGGUUGUACAAAUUACGGUGGUCCGAGGUGAGAUAACAUCCGAGAGACGAGUUGUAGAGGUGAUCAACAAGUUGAUGUGGUUGGCCUCCGUUUGCACCACCGUGGCUUUUAUUGCUUCAUCUUAUAUUGUCGUAGGGCGCCGCAAUAAGUGGGCUGCGAUUCUUGUCACGGUUAUAGGUGGGGUUACAAUGGCUGGUGUUCUAAGUGCCAUGACAUAUUACGUGGUGAAAUCCAGAAGGACACGAAGAGUAAGAAAGAAAGAGAAGUAUUCGAGGAGUGGAACUUAUUAUUCAAUGCAUCAUCCCGACACUGAUUCAGAAGUAAACCCGAUUUAUGCACUUUGAUGAGAGCCAUGGCUUUUGAUUAGCAUCCUCUAUUCAAUAUGGAGUUUGAUGUGAAAAAUGCUACCCAAUGAAACAUGGAAGGGAGGAUUAUUUUCUGCUCCAAAGGUCAUAGGCUCUAUCACAACAUUAUAUCACACUAUCACAGUACAUAGGGAAAAUCUGUUGCUCAAAAAGUCUCCAGCUGGUCAGAAUAUCGUAUGAAAAUCAAUUUUUUCUUAUCAAACUACUUUAUGAUUCUGCUGUAUUUAUAACCCCACUAAAUAUAUUUCCCAAAAAUAUAUAGAAUAUGAUGUAUUUUUGAUCA